AUGAACGUCACCCAGGUGUUGGAGAGCACUUUGUCGCCAGAUGCGACGGCACGUGCCAAUGCUGAGCAGCAGCUGCUUCAUGCGGCCGAAGUUGACUUCGCUCAAUAUCUCGUCACUCUUGGCACGGAACUGGCAAACGAAAACACUGCGUCCCACAUCAGAACUGCCGCCGGUCUUGCGUUGAAGAACUCGUUCACAUUCAGAGAUCUUGCUCGGCUACGCGAGGUGCAAAAAAAAUGGGUCAACCAGAUCACUCCCGAAACCAAGCAGCAGGUGAAGGAGCUGGCGUUGAAGACGCUUAGCUCCAAGGAUGGUCGGGCUGGCCAGUCCGCCGCUCAGUUUAUCGUCUCGAUCGCCGCCAUCGAACUGCCUCAGAACCAAUGGCCGGAUCUCAUGAACAUUCUGGUUCAGAACGUCGCCAACGGCACUGACCAACUGAAGCAGGCCUCGCUGGUCACGAUCGGUUUCAUCUGCGAGUCCCAGGAUGCCGAGCUUAGGGAGAGUCUGGCCGCCCACUCGAACGCCAUCUUGACCGCCGUGGUUCAGGGCGCUCGCCGCGAGGAGGCCAACUUGGACAUCCGCCAUGCCGCCAUCAAGGCUCUCAGUGAUUCCGUCGAUUUUGUGCGCUCGAAUAUGGACAACGAAGGUGAACGGAACUACAUCAUGCAGGUUGUCUGCGAAGCUACGCAGGCUGAGGACCUCCGCAUCCAGGCGGGCGCAUUCGGUUGCUUGAAUCGUAUCAUGGGAUUGUACUACGAGAAGAUGCGCUUCUACAUGGAGAAGGCUCUCUUUGGACUAAGCGUUAUGGGCAUGAAGAGCGACGAAGAGGACGUUGCUAAGCUGGCUAUUGAAUUCUGGUGCACGGUUUGCGAGGAGGAAAUCGCCAUCGAAGACGACAACGCUGCGGCCCAGGAUGAGGGUGUUCCUGAGAUGCGCCCAUUCUUCGGCUUUGCCCGCGUGGCCUGCCGCGAGGUCGUUCCUGUUAUUCUGCAGGCUAUGUGCAGACAGGACGAGGAUUCUACGGACGACGAAUACAACGUCGCUCGCGCUGCCUACCAGGCCCUGCAGCUCUACGCUCAGUGCGUCCAGGGCGAUGUUAUCGCACCCGUCCUCUCUUUCGUUGAAGAAAACAUUCGUCAUGAAGACUGGCGGCGCCGGGAUGCCGCCGUGGCCGCCUUUGGUGCCAUCAUGGACGGUCCCGACCCCAAAAUCCUCGAACCCCUUAUUAAGCAGGCCCUUGGCGUCCUCGUUGGCAUGAUGGAGGACAGCUCCAUUCAGGUCCGCGAUUCGGCAGCCUACGCCCUUGGCCGCGUAUGCGACUUUUGCUCUGAGACUCUAGACCCUGACGUGCAUUUACAACCCCUUAUUUCGUGCCUCUUCAACGGCCUCGCCAGUACCCCGAAGAUCGCCAGCUCUUGCUGCUGGGCUCUGAUGAACGUUGCCGACCGAUUCGCCGGCGACCUUGGCGCACAGACGAACCCCCUGUCGAAGCAUUUCCAGGAAAGCGUCAAAUCGCUUCUGACGCUGACCGAGCGCAGACAAGACGCAGACAACCAACUCCGCACUGCCGGAUACGAAGUUCUGAACUCCUUCGUGGCCAAUGCUGCCAACGACAGCCUUCCUAUGGUUGCCAACCUCUCCGACGUCAUGAUUCAGCGACUGGGGCAUACCGUUUCUAUGCAGCAACAGGUUGUCAGUGUUGAGGAUCGUAUCACCAUGGAGGAGAUGCAGACUAGCUUGACCAGUGUGCUUCUGGCUAUUGUCCAACGCCUUGAGACCGAGAUUAAGCCUCAGGCUGACAGCAUCAUGCACGUGGCGAUUCAAGUCUUGAACACCGUUCCUCCCAAGUCCAGCGUGCCCGACGUUGUCUUCGCCACUGUUGGUGCUCUUGCCAGUGCUUUGGAAGACGAUUUCGUCAAGUACAUGGAACCGUUCUCGCCCUUCCUCUACAACGCCCUCGGCAACAAGGAGGAACCCGGCCUCUGCGCAAUGGCCAUUGGCUUGGUCAGCGACAUUGCUCGGGCCCUGAACGAGAAGGUUCAGCCAUUCUGCGACACCUUCAUGAACUACCUGCUUGAGAACCUGAGUACUUCCACCAACCAGCUGAAGCCUGCGAUCCUGGAGACGUUUGGCGAUAUUGCCCAGGCCAUUGGAACCAACUUCACCCCCUACCUGCCUGUUGUUGCUCAGGUCCUUAACCAAGCUUCGCAAGUGACCACCAGCCCCGAUGUUGGCUUGGAGAUGCUUGACUACGUUGUAUCUCUCCGUGAGGGCAUUAUGGACGCUUGGGGCGGUAUUCUGCUCUCCUACAAGGGCACCCCUCAAGUUUCCCAAAUCCAGCCUUUUGUCGAGACUAUUUUCCAACUGCUUCACCUGAUCUCGCAAGACUCCGGUCGUAGUGAAGGCCUGAUGAGAGCGUCGAUGGGUGUUAUUGGUGAUCUUGCCGAAGCAUUCCCCAACGGUGAAUUUGCUGCUUUCUUCCGCAACGACUGGAUCAACGGUCUAGUGACCGAGACCAGACGGAACAAGGAAUUCGGUGCUCGCACGAUCGAAACCGCCCGGUGGACGCGUGAGCAGGUCAAGCGCCAGGUGGGCAUCUCGGCGGCUUCUAUGGCCUAA